CAUCAUUUUGGUGGCUUAGUCCAUAGGCCAUAAAUGUUUCAUGGCCAGCACAAAAGAAUCAGUUAUUCAACAUUGCGGAAAUGGCUUCAAGAUUGUUGCGAGCGUUUGUACCGCAAGUUCGGCAAACAAGACUUACAACUCGAUUCACGUCGCAACGACUUUUCGCAACCGAGCGUUCCAACGUUGGUGAGAAUGCCGGCCAAGGUUUAGCUGCCGAAGCGCUUGCUCAGAAAGUUGGCUCAAACGCAGCAAAGAAGGCUACCCUUCCUAAAGGCGACAAGAAACCCGCCAAAGCAGCUGGGCAAAAGGACAACAACUGGAAAAUAUAUGCUGGUGUAGGUGGUGUCGCUACUGGAUUGGUGGGUCUUGGAUUCUUCCAUUACGGUCGACCAUUCGAGGAUGGCCGGGAAGACAAGUAUGCUUCGGAAAACGCACUUUUGGCCGCUGCACACCGCGCUCGCGACCGAUAUGAGGAAUUCACCAAGACAAUGAGCGAACCCAUGUGGGACAAGUUGUUGCCAGAUCCUCUUCCAGAACCAUACAGACGCCCAUACACACUUGUCAUCAACUUGGACGACACUUUGAUUCAUUCAAGCUGGGACAAGGAACAUGGCUGGCGUCAUGGCAAGCGACCUGGUGUCGAUUAUUUCUUGGCUUACCUUUCCCAAUUCUAUGAAAUCGUUAUCUUCACAUCGCAAAGCUUUGCAAACGCAUUGCCUAUUCUCGAUAAACUCGACCCUUACCAAUACGCUAUGUACCGUCUGUACCGCGAAGCUACUCGAUACGAAAAUGGGCAAUACAUUAAGGACUUGUCACACUUGAACCGAGAUCUCAGCAAAGUUAUUAUCAUGGAUUCAAACCCUCAAGCUUUCUCCAAGCAGCCUGAAAACGGUAUCGCUAUGAAGCCAUGGCAAGGACAACCCAAUGACAACGGUCUUUUGGAAUUCAUUCCUUUCUUGGAAGCUAUUGCUUUGACCAAUGUUGAGGAUGUUAGACCUGUUCUUGCCAGUUUCAGCGGCACCCAUAUUCCUGCUGAAUGGGCUUCUCGCGAAGAACAAAUGAAUGCUAUUGCUCGUCAAAAGUGGGAAGAGGAACAAAAGACCACUAAGGUCAAGCGCAACUUGGGGUCCCUGUUUGGAUCCAGCGGUGCUGUUGCUCAGACCGAAAACGAGCCUCCGUUGACUUACCUCGAACAAAUGCGCAGACACGUUCGUGAAACUUUCAAUGCUGAGCACGAGCAGAUGCAGAAACAACAGGAUGAAAUGAUGAAGAAAGAAAUCGAAGCACAAAAGCAGCAGAUGAAAGAAAUGAAGAUGACUGUUUGGGAAAUGAUGGGCCAGAUCUCUUCUGGUCAACCUAUGGCUCCUCAACCGGGCCAACCUGAACAACCUCAGGCUCAACCACAAGCACAACAGUAAAUAGCGAUCCGUAGUCGGUGGUAUUGUCUGAUUAGCUUGAUAGCAUUUGUUAUGCUGUAUUAAUCCGUGAGGGAAUAGUAUAAUCCUGCAGCCCAAAAAUAAAAAUUACAUAGAGAUUUUCACCACUUUCACUUU